GUAGCCGAGAAGAGAACCACGCUUAUUCACCUUGAAAUUGUCGGAAUGAUUCAUUAACUGUAGAGAAAGAUUAAUUCCAACCAGAAGCCAAGAUGGCGGUGCUUGGAGUACAGUUUGUAUUUAGUCUGGUAAUGUUCAGUUUUCUGAACAAAUUGGCACCUUAUUAUUCCUUUGGACAAUGGCUGUUGUGUGAGAAGUUAGUUCGAUAUCUGUAUCCAACUGAUGAUGAACUCAAAACUUUAGCUGGAAUUCCCACAGGCAGCAGCAAGGGCAGAGGGAAACGCAAUGACAAGAAAAUUAAUACAACUAAUGCUAAAAAGGAUGAAGGCUUCUCAGUGCCUAGAAAUUUGCCAAUUCAACUAGAUACAGCCAAAGUACAAGCAGCAGACUUGGUUCAUCUAAAAUAUUUUACAGAUUUUCAGUGGCUGAUGGACUUUUCCAUUAGCGCUGUUGUUGUUUACAUUUUAACAGAAGUUUACUAUGCUGUUGCUUCCCAUAGAAUUGAAUUUAAUGUCAGUGUGUUAUGGUGUCUGUUAGCUCUAGGAUUCUGUUUACGUAGUCUUAUGUCUCAGACAGCCAUGUACUUCCGCGCUGAAGAAGGUGGAGAGAGGGUCUUGUGUGUUACUUUUGGAUUCUUCUUCCUAGUCAUGGGAAUGGGUGUCUUGGUGAUCAGUGACUUGGUGUUGGAAUUUGGUUUGGAAGAUGGCUACAACAACUUUUCAGGAAAUGCCUUAGAAUUUCUUAAACAACAAGGUGUUGAGUCUCACGGACCUGUGUCCUUUUUAACAUUCAAAAUAUUUUUAGCAUUUUUAUGCUCUUUCCUUGGUGCCUUAUUGACUUUCCCUGGAUUGAGGAUGGCCAAACUACAUUUGGAUUCACUUAAAUACGCCAAAGAAUCUCGAUUCCGUCAAUUUCUUUUACACACAAAUUUCGUGCUGCCAUUGAUAAUCUGUUUAACAUGGGCUAGACCCAUUGCUCGAGACAUCUUCUGUAAGCGAAGAAUGUACAGUGAUGCUUUAAUGACUGAUGAAUCAUUCGACAGUGUCAGACUAUUUUUAGUGGCAUUCUUCUUUAUUGUGCGUCUGCUACUACUACCAACUCAUAUGCAAUCUCAUCUGAAUAUGGCACAUGAAAAAAUCGAGGCAUUGAAGAAGGAAGGCGGAAGAAUCAAUAGUUUGGAAAUUCAGAAAUCGGUUUCACGAGUCUUCUAUUACUUAUGUGUUGUGACUUUACAGUAUAUGGCACCAGCCAUACUUAUACUAUUUCUAUCUUUCUUAUUGAAAACUCUGGGUGACUAUACAUGGACUGCACCUUUUGGAGAUCAGGUGACCCAUUUGUGGUCAGUUAAAAAUGUGCACAAAUCUGGUUCAAUGACAGCUGCCCCUGUAAGUAACGGUACAGACAGUAUUGCCAAUACUGCAGCCCACUUCACAUGGGCAGUAAGUAAUUUGCGUAAUGUUUUUACACCAGUAUGGUAUCGUGGAUUGUUGUCUUUCGUUAUGUGGUGGGUGUCGUCUUCAUGGUUUCUCUGUAGUGUAUUUGGUAUAAUGUACUAUACACAGAUAGAAAAAGCUUAGACUUGGGUCUUUGAUACCAUCCUGUUUUAAGAUGGGUUUCCAGAAUAAUUGGUGUUUCUAAUGAAUUAUCAUGUAUUCUUAAUCAUAUCAUUAUGUUCUUAUUGCAUAUAAUAAAGAGAUUUUAAACAAUCAUAAAAAUCCAUGUAUAUACAGUCCAGAUAAACAAAAAAAGACUUUUUGACCUUUCUUGAUCAGCCACUCACUCAAAUUCAGCUGGCAAUUCUCUUCUUAUUUAGCUAAUUAUGAAUUAAUAAUGGACAUGUGAGACAAACUGGUAUUUUUCCAAGUCAUAAGAAGACCUCUAUUUUCUAUUCAUAUAAGUAUUAGCAUUUCCAUUUUCAUAAAUAAAAAUAAUGGAACCCGUCUUUAAACAAUCAACCCAUUCAGUAUAUAUAUGGCAUCCCCAUUAUUGCAACCUUAUUUUAUGUAAACAUAUGUUUGUAUAUUCCCAUUUUGACAUGUUACAGACCAUUUACCACAAAAUUGUGAAAGGGAAUGAUAAAAUGCUUAAAAUUAUGUAAAAAAUAUUUUUAAAAAAAAAAAGAAUAAAAAUAGUGUGAAAAAGGAAUGAAAAAUGAUUUUUGCAUGGUUAUCAAUAGUUUUGAAAAUCUGAUUAAAUUUUCUAGUAGCUACAGACAAGUUGAAAUUUUUGUUUGUACUAAUGCAUGUAUGAAAACUAACAAUUAAACAUGAUAGAGAAAUUAUUCAUUAGGAUAAGUUAUGAUAUUGCUAUCAGAGGUUGUCUUGAAAUAAUGGGAUUAUUUAUGAAUGAAUUGUUAUUGUAACUUUAUUGAGUCUAUGAAGAAUUUUGUAUUUAAUUUUUAAUAAAAAAUAUUUAUGU